CCGCCCGCCCGAAAGGAGGUCGGGGUGACACGUGUCCCGGCGAGCCCUCCGUUCACACGUGCGGCCGGGCUGUGGGGAGGGGUCCGAGGCUGUCCGGAGCCAUGGAGCGCUUCCUGGCAGGCUGCAGGGCCGCUCUUCAGGAUCACUCUCAGAGCGGAGAGGCUAUCCACGUGGUGAUGGGCAAUGAAGCGUGCGAUCUCGACUCCACGGUGUCCACCUUGGUCCUCGCCUAUUUUUUGGCAAAGACCUCUCCGGACUCCAGGGCAGCCUUCGUCCCUGUCCUCAAUAUCCCCCGGGCGGACUUCCCGCUGCGCACCGAGACCACCUUCCUCCUCCUGCAGCAGCGUAUCCCUGAGAAAGACCUCGUUUUCCGGGAUGAGAUCGACCUGGCGGGGCUGCAUAAGGCCGGGCUGCUGACCCUGACGCUGGUGGACCACCACGUCCUGCCCAGCAAGGACUCUGCGCUGGAGGCGGCCGUGGUGGAGGUGGUGGACCACCGGCCCCUGGAGUGGGAGAGGCGCCCUCCCUGCAAAGUGACGGUCGAGCUGGUGGGCUCCUGCACCACCCUGGUGACCGAGAGGCUCCUCCAGGCACGGGUGCCAACUUUGGACAGCCAAAUUGCCGCUCUGCUGUACGGAACCAUCUUGCUGGAUUGUGUGAACAUGGCCGUCGAAGCCGGCAAGGCGACCCCCAGAGACGCCUGUUGCAUCUCUCGACUGGAGUCCAUGUUCUCUGAGCUGCAGCCGAGGAACCGUGUCUUCGACGCUCUGCAGAGAGCCAAGUUCGAUGUCUCCGGCCUCACCACCGAGCAGAUGCUACGGAAGGACCUCAAAAGCCUGGUCAGCAAAACCGCCACCGUGGCCAUCAGCGCCGUGUACAUGAGUCUCCAGGAUUUCUUGCACCGGCCUGGCCUCGAACAGGAUCUGGCCACCUUCUGUCACCAAAAAGGCUUCGGCCUCCUGAUUGCCAUGGCCAUCUCCUUCGGGGACCACAAGAAACCCUUUCGGCAGCUGGCUGUCUAUAGCCCGCAAGCCGCAUUUCAAGAGGCGGUCUGCCAAGCCUUGGAGGGCUCUACCAACCCGUCCCUCGGCCUCUCCCGGCUGGAGACUCCCUGCCCCGCCGUCCGCGCCUACCAGCAGGGCAACAUCGGCGCCUCCCGCAAGAAACUCCUUCCCAUCGUCCGAGAAUUUCUGCACCAGUGGGGCCGAUCCACUCAGACCACCGGCCCCGGCAUGCAGCCGGAGAUCUCCAGUUGCGUCCCCCCGGCCAGGAUGGAUCCGCAAGGCGCCGGGAGGCGCGAUCCCAGUGGGGCCAAGGACGCCCCUAAGGCUCCCCGCCUGAGCGAGGAGGCAGCCGAGGAAGACACCCUGAUGCCCCCCACCCCCAUGAACAGCCUGGUGGACGAGUGCCCGCUGCACCAGGGCCUCCCCGGCGUCUCGCCCGAGGCCAUCUUUGAGAGAGUCAACCGCAUAGCCACUGACCGGUUGUUGGACGGCCGCAGCCCAGAAAAGAAGAAGUGACCGCCAAAUCCAGGGAGGGGAGGAGAGGGGAGGGGUCGUCGCUGGGGGCUUCAAACGCCAGUUUUUGAAUUAACUGGACACAAUCUGCCAUUCAUCCCCACUGCAAUGGAUAGUGGGGGGUGCUGAACUCGGCAUUUGCGGCCAUUAAUUGGGGUGGGGGGUGGGGGGGCGUUGAGAUUAAACUGACCAACUGCAAAAUUGCAGAAUUCUGAUUCUCGAGGGAGGGGGAGAAACGUGUUUGGGAAACCUCAAAUCCUUUUUUUUUUUCUUCUUCUCCUUUUUUUUCCUGGUGCCUCCUUCCAAAUUGUCCCAAAAUGGAUUGGCGGCCAACAGGAGAUUUUUCCUCAGAAAGGCUUUCCUUGGUGCUUGUGGGAAGGGGAGGGGGGAACUUAGGUCAGGCGCGGUUGAGGCUAGAGUUCCAGAGCUGCGUUUUUAUUUUUAUUUUUU